AUGGAGCUCGAGAGGGCAACCUGCGUGCUGACACUCACAGCGACAGUCGCCGCAGCAGCCGCGACCGUGUACCUCUUCGAACCCCGACUGCCCUUCUGGUUCGCCGAAGCCGUGUGGCCGGGCAGACGCAGACGCGAGGCGAUGCAUCAGCCCGUGAUGGACGCGGACGACGAGGACCCUCCGACGUGGGUCUCCGAUAUGGGUCGUAUCCGCGAACUCCUCCUCGGGACCAAGCUGAGGGACUUCCUCAAGGACCGCCACAAGGGUCGCCCCGAGGGCGUCCCGCCCCCGCGGGACGUGCUCGUCCUCACGCCGUCGUGCACCGUGAACGACGCGCUCACGAAGCUCUCUGAGCGCGCCGUCCUCGGAGCUCCUUACCUGCGCGACGAUGGGAAGGACUUUCUCGGCUUCGUCGACCUCCACGAUAUCGUCCACGCGCUCGUGUCGCACAUGUUCCCUCCCGGACCUCUCGGAACCAUGGCGAGCCACGACGCGCCGGAUUGGUUCCUGACGGACGAUUCCCCCGCGUGCGUGGACAGGAUACUGACGCUCGUGCGAGACAAGGGGGGCGACUUUUGCGACAGGACCCUCGGGAGUAUCAGGAGGAGGGUCGGCGACGGGGCUUUCAUCCGCGUCGACGAAACCGACCACUCCCUCCUCGACGUCAUACAGACGCACUUCGUCAGGGAUGUCCAGUACACCAAACCACCCGUCAGGCACCGCGUCGCCGUGUACAAGUACGCCGUCGACGCGUCGCGGCUGACUGACGCCGAGACCACCAUCGAGGUCACGGACGUGUUUUCCGUGUCGGAUAUCACGAGGUUCCUCAACCGGUGGAACGAGCUCGAGAAGUGUCUCACACCGUGCAGCAUCGUGGAUAUCGGGGUCGGGAGCACGCGCGUGGACGCCGUGCCCAAGGAUGCCGCGCUUCUCCGCUGCUUCGCGGUGAUGGAGCGAGUCGGCGUGAGCGGCUUGGGCGUGACCGACGACGGGAAGCUCAUCGGAUCCGUUUCCGAGUCGGACCUUCGGAGGAUCACCGCCGAUCGCCUCGACGUGCUCGCCAUGCCCGUCGGCGAGUUCAUCGGUAAACUGCACGCGCUUUCCGGCGAGGAUAACCCGCUGCGCGAGGACCAGAUGGCACUCGCGAGGGCGCACCCCCUCUUCCGUGGGGUGUUGAGGACUGGGGAGCUCACCGGCGGCAGGCUCAACGUGACAGUAUCGCAAAAAGCUACACUGCUCGAGGUGAUUCGGGCGCUCGCGCGCAACAGGGUGCACCGCGUGUACGCUGUGAACGAAACAACCGGUGUGGCAGAUCGGGUCGUGACGCACUCCGACCUCGUCCGGUUCUUUGCACUUUUCGCGCCUUCAGAUUGA